UAAACAAGAUCACACAUGACUAUAUUUAGAGUUAAAAGUGACUAAUAUAGGUGGAACUACUUAUACACCGGCCUCUAUCCUAGACAUCGAUAAUCGGACAAGCUGCGGAAUCAAUGGCAAGUAGCCCUGCGAACAGAGGAGGGGAAGAAGCAGAAGAAGCUAAGCGAUUAGCCGCCGCCGCCGCCGCCGCCGGAACCCCAAAGGCCGGCGAGAGAAUAAUCGCCCCGACCCGAAGACCCGACGGCACUCUCCGCAAGCCCAUCCGAAUUAAGGCUGGAUACGUCCCACAAGAUGAAGUCGCCAUUUACAAAUCGAAAGGCGCCCUCUGGAAGAAGGAAAUGGAGGCAUUGAAGGAAGUGCCGCCGGGGUAUGACCCUGCAAUGGAUGCUCCAAAAGCCAAGUCCAAAGCAGCCAAGCGGAACGAAAGGAAGAAAGAAAAGCGCCUCCAGGCUGCCCGCGAAAAGGGAAAUGACAUUGAAGUUAAUGGUGUUUGUUCUGCGGAAAAUCAAAACCACGCGUCAAAUAAUGUGGAAACUGUUGCAGCCAAGAUGAAUGAGCUUGUCAUCUCUUCAAAUCAUGUUGACCUCCCACCGAAUUCAAAUGAAUGUUCAACAUCAGAGGAUCAUCUUCAGGACAUUGAUAAGAAGAUCCGAGCUCUCAAAAAGAAGAUUCGGCUUACAGAAGCCCAACAACAGAAAACACAUGAAAAGGACAUGAAGCCGGAGCAACUGGAGAAGAUGGCCAAGUUAGAAGGUUGGCACGCCGAAUUGAAGCUCUUGGAGGGUAAAAAGGCUGAACUCGUACAAGCCUUGGCUGCUUGAACGGACCUUUCCUCUUUUUUCUUCUUUAGGGUAAUUGAACUUGCAGAUUUAUCUCCUCUUUUUUUUUCUUCUUUAGGGUAAUUGAACUUGCAGGAUUUAUCUUUGUAGGAUGUGUUGUUUUCAAUGAAAAUGUUACGACUUC